AUGUCCGAUUCACUCGAUGAGCCGACUCAACAGUCGGCUCCCCUACGUCGAGAGCGCGCGCCAACCAUCACGAUCGAUACCUCGGCCGUGAACGGCCCGGAUCCCUUCCAACCCCCAGCUCAAGUCGCCGGAGCGCACCCUUCCAUCCAGACCUAUACAGAGAAUGCCCACAGCGACACAAGCGCCCUCCUAAACAACGGCGCUUCCCCAACAGAGAUGCGGUCUCCAGCCUCCCUGCGCUCAAAUGCCUCAUCGGAAGGUCGAGAUCACGAGAACCGCCCAACAUCCCCCCACAACAUCUCCUCGCCCAAGAAGGUGCCCGAGACACACUCGAACUUCCUCUCCGUGCCCGGAGCGCGGUCCCGAGGCAACUCCCUCGAGUCAGAGGACACAAGCCAGACAUCGAGCACUUACGGCGGCGAGACAUACGUGACAUCCACAUCGCAAGGCUCAAGGGCGGAACUGAUCAAGAACCACAAUGUCGAUGACGAAGACGCGCUGAACCCAGACCCCGGCCGCGAAUCGGAGUUUGAGGUCGAAGAUAACAAGUUCGCCUUCUCGCCGGGCCAAUUGAAUAAGCUGCUCAAUCCCAAGAGCUUCGGCGCUGGGCUGAGUGUGGAUGAAUCAACCUUGGACGGCUCCAUUAGCUUUGAUGCCGCUGUAUCACCUGAGCAGACGCCCAAGUCUGUAUCAUCGAACCAGUCGCCACCUGCUGCCACCGAGGGCCCGAUAGUGACGACGGGCAACGAGGAGUAUACCGAUCGACGACGCAUUUUCGGUGACAAUAAGCUGCCAGAGCGGAAAUUGAAGUCCAUUUGGGAGCUUGCUUGGAUUGCGUACAACGACAAGGUCUUGAUCUUGUUGACGAUUGCGGCUAUUAUUUCCCUUGCUGUGGGUAUCCCGCAGUCGCUUCAUCCAGCCAAACCGGGUGAGCCUGGUGUUGAAUGGGUGGAAGGUUUGGCAAUUCUGGUGGCCAUUAUUAUCGUGGUCGUUGUCGGCGCUGCCAAUGAUUGGCAAAAGGAACGGCAAUUUGCGAAACUCAACAAGAAGAAAGAAAACCGACAAGUCAAGGUCACCCGAUCUGGCAAAAUUGAAGAAGUCUCGGUCCAUGAUGUCUUGGUUGGCGAUGUGAUGCUUUUGGAACCGGGUGAUAUGGUCCCUGUGGACGGAAUCCUGAUUGAAGGCCACGACCUCAAGUGCGACGAAUCCUCAGCAACCGGCGAGUCGGACGUUCUUCGAAAGACUGCCGGCGAAGAAGUCUAUCGGACGAUCGAGCACCAUGAAGAUCUGAAGAAGAUGGAUCCUUUUAUUAUCUCCGGUGCCAAGGUGUCUGAGGGCGUUGGUACCUUUUUGGUGACAGCUACUGGAACGAACUCGACUCAUGGACGGACAAUGAUGUCCCUCCAAGAGGAGGGUGAGACCACGCCUUUGCAAACUAAGCUCAACGUGCUGGCUGAGUAUAUCGCCAAACUCGGUCUCGCCUCUGGUCUCUUGCUUUUCAUCGUUCUCUUCAUCAAAUUUCUGGUCCGACUCAAGGAUAUCGACGGUGGUGCAGACGCCAAGGGUCAAGCCUUCUUGCAGAUUUUCAUUGUCGCUGUUACUAUCGUCGUCGUCGCUGUGCCAGAGGGACUACCACUGGCUGUCACGCUUGCUCUCGCCUUUGCAACAACACGAAUGAUCAAGGACAACAAUUUGGUUCGCUUUCUCAAAGCUUGUGAAACUAUGGGCGGUGCCACCACGAUCUGUUCUGAUAAAACAGGAACUCUCACGGAAAAUAAAAUGACAGCAGUGGCUGCAACAUUGGGUACUUCGUCACGGUUUGGAAAGUACUCUGGUGUGUCCCCCGAGGACUCCUCUGAGAUUUCCGCUCAAGAAUUUGUGUCUACGCUGUCUGAUUCAGUUAAGGAUGUUUUGCUCCAGUCGAUUGUCUACAAUUCCACUGCCUUUGAAGGCGAAGUUGAAGGAGUGAAGACGUUCAUUGGUUCCAAGACCGAGACUGCUCUCUUGACUUUUGCCAGGGAUAACCUCGGAAUGGGUGUUCUCAGCGAGGCCAAAGCCAACGGCAAGAUGGUACAGAUGUAUCCAUUCGAUUCUGGACGGAAAUGCAUGGCAGUGGUGAUGCAGUUAGAGAACGGCAAAUACCGAAUGCUGGUCAAGGGCGCUGCUGAAAUCCUGAUCUCUCACUCGAGUCGCAUCGUCGGUGAUCCUACUGACACUCUGUCUGAGGCUCCACUCUCAGAGGAGAACAAGACUACCCUGGAUACCAUCAUGACCAACUACGCCUCGCGCUCUCUUCGUUGCAUUGCCCUCGUCUACCGUGACUUUGAGCAAUGGCCACCCCGUGGAGCCCCGACCUCGGAAACCGACCGCAACCAGGCCCUCUUCGAGCCUAUCUUCAAAGAUAUGGCAGUGCUGGGUAUCUAUGGUAUUCAAGAUCCUCUCCGAGCAGGCGUCGCCGAGGCCGUGCACACAUGCCAGCGGGCUGGUGUAUUUGUCCGCAUGGUCACUGGUGACAAUAUUAUGACAGCCAAGGCUAUUGCCAAGGAGUGUGGUAUCUACACACCUGGUGGUAUCGCCAUUGAAGGCCCCAAGUUCCGUAAGCUGAGCACUCGCCAAAUGAAUCAGAUCAUUCCCAGACUCCAGGUCAUUGCCCGGUCCAGUCCAGAAGACAAGAAGAUCUUGGUCAACCAGCUCAAGAAGCUUGGUGAGACUGUCGCUGUCACUGGUGAUGGUACCAACGAUGCUCAGGCUCUUAAGACUGCUGAUGUCGGCUUUGCUAUGGGUAUCACUGGUACCGAGGUUGCCAAGGAGGCGUCUGAUAUUAUUCUUAUGGAUGACAACUUUGCUUCUAUCGUCAAGGCCAUGGCUUGGGGUCGUACUGUUAGCGAUGCUGUCAAGAAGUUCCUGCAAUUCCAGAUCACUGUCAACAUCACUGCCGUUAUCCUUACCUUCGUCUCUGCUGUUGCUAGCGAUGAAGAGGAUUCCGUGCUCAGUGCAGUCCAGUUGCUGUGGGUCAACUUGAUUAUGGAUACCUUUGCUGCUCUUGCUUUGGCCACAGAUCCUCCGACACCGACUGUUCUCGACCGCAGACCUGAAUCGAAAUCAGACCCGCUCAUUACUUUGACCAUGUGGAAGAUGAUCAUCGGACAGUCCAUCUACCAACUAGUUGUGACUUUCGUUCUCAACUUUGCUGGAAACAAGAUUUUCUCGUGGGAUGAGGACCACAUGCAGACUGUGGUCUUCAACACCUUCGUCUUCAUGCAGAUUUUCAACCAGUACAACUCCCGUCGCAUCGACAACAAACUCAAUAUCAUGGAGCGUAUUUGGAAGAACAGCUGGUUCAUCGGUAUCCAAAUCAUCAUCAUCGGAGGACAGGUCCUAAUCAUCUUCAUUGGUGGCGCCGCUUUCUCUGUCAAGCGACUUGACCAAGGCUCCCAGUGGGCUGUCAGUCUCGUCCUUGGCGCAAUCUCUCUCCCCAUCGCCGUGAUCAUCCGUCUGAUCCCAGACGAAUUCAUCAGCGGACUCAUCCCCAAUUUCUGGUCUCGCGACAAGGGCCCCGAGUUAGUCGUCUCCGACGAAGACCGCCAAUACGAAUGGAACCCAGCACUGGAAGAAAUCAGGGACCAGCUCGCAUUUAUCAAGCGCGUCCGUGGUGGUCGUCUUCGCCACAUCCGCCACAAGCUGCAACACCCACAGGAACUCCUUCCCCGAUCCCGCAGUGGCUCCCGUUCCAGAGACUCUUCCCCGUCUCCCCCAACACCAAAUGGUGACAACGACCAUGACAUCCCAACGCCGCAACCUUUGACCCCAGAGUCCCGCUCUAGACGCAACACCCGCUCUCGCUCAAACUCGACCUUCGGCCCUGCCGCUGCAAUGGCCGGUAUCGUCGCUGGCAGUAUUGCGGGCUGGUCUCCCAUCGAGCGUGGACAUGGCGAGGCUGACUCUAUCAUGUUCCCAACUACGGGUGGUCCCCACGGUGGUUUGGACAGAGAACCUGGCAUCGAAGUGCAUCCCGAUACUGAUGCCAAUGACCAACUCUUGAACGAGUACUCUGCUACGUCCAAAAUCCCGCCCAGUCAGAACCCGGAUCUUACUCCGUUCUUCGAACAUGCGCCGCCGGAGCGUGCUCCUUCAAGCCGUGGCCGUCGCUCGCUGUCUCAGCGGUCGAGAUCUAGUCACAGCCAGUCGCAGGUUUAA